AUGGCGGGAGCGUUCUUCACGGGUGCUGCUUCUAAUGCCGUAGGAACACUGAUGGGUGACUAUUUGGUGAAGCCAAUAGACCGUCGUAUUCGCUACUUAUUUCGUUUUCAUAAGUUAAUUAAAGACCUCCACCAACAGCAAAGCUAUCUGAAAAGAGAACAAAUUCGAGUUGAAGAAGACGUUAAGGAGGCAAAAUUGCAGAUUCAAACUCAAGUAAUUGAGGACUAUGUAGAUGAAUGGCUGACAAAUGUAGAAAAUGCCUUGAAAGAUGUACAGAAUUUGGACAGCAGAGUUGAAGGAAAUAAUAGAUGCUUACAUUGGUGUCCUAAUUGGUGUUGGCGAUAUCAAUUAGGCAAGGAGAUAGAGAAGAAGACAGUGUAUAUCAGUAAACUUGUAGAAGACUCUCACUUUGAACGAAUCGGCUAUCGUGCGGAGCUUCCUGGCUUAGAAUUCUUCACAUCUAAAGAUAUUUUGGCUGCCAAAUCUUCAACUGCUGCAUUCAACAAGAUCAUGGAAGCAUUAAAGGACGACAAAGUUAACAUGAUCGGUGUGUGGGGGAUGGGAGGGGUGGGCAAAACCACCUUAGUCAAAGAAGUCGGUAAAAAAACCAAAGAUUUAGGAUGUUUUCGUAAAGUUAUUGAAGUUGUUGUGUCCCAAAAAUCAAUCAUUGAAAAUAUUCAAGAUAAAAUAGCAGAUUUCUUGGACUUAGAGUUCAAGAAGAAAACUAAAGAAGGGAGAGCAGGAGAAUUAUGGCUUCGAUUGGAAAAUGAAGAAAAGGUCCUCAUAAUCCUUGAUGAUAUGUGGAAUGAGGUCCACUUGAAAGAGAUAGGCAUUCCGCUAAAUGAAAAUGGGAAGGGAUGUAAAAUCAUUUUGACAACACGUCUCAUGAAAGUAUGCGACUCCAUGGAAUGUCAAGUUAUUAUUCCAGUGGAUGUUUUGGAUAGUGAUGAAGCAUGGGGUCUAUUUAGAAAGAAAGCUAACCUUAAUGAAAGAGUUUCAAGGGAUAUUCUUGAGGAGGCUGAGAAAGUUGCAGAAGAAUGCAAGGGUCUACCUGUAGCGAUUGUAACGCUAGCUGCGGCUCUUAAAAAAACAGAGACCCGUGGAGGAUGGAAAGUGGCCCGCAAGAAACUUGAAAGCAGUAGGUUAGUGGAAAUCGGUAACAUUGGAGAAGAAGAAAGAAAUGCCUACUUGUGUAUCAAGAUGAGUUAUGAAAACUUGAAGAAGGAGACGACCAAGAGAUGCUUCUUAUGGUGUGGUUUAUAUCCAGAGGAUCAUUCAAUUGAAGUGGAAGAUUUGGUGCGAUAUGCUUGGUGUUUGGAGUUAUUUGGCAAGGCUGACUCAAUUGGAGAAGUGAGGAUUCAAGUUUUGGAAGCCAUUGAUUACCUCAAAGAUUCUUGCUUGCUGUUUGAAGAUGGAGAUGGCAGAAGGUACGUUAAGUUACAUGACAUAAUUCGUGAUGUUGCUUUAUGGAUAGCAUCAGAAGAAAACAGUGGUUUUAUGAUCAAAUCUAGAUUAGAGUUACUAAAUAAAAGCUCUGAAUCUUGUAAAGCAAUCUCAUUGUUGGAUAGUGAAAAGAAAAAUCUUCCUGAUAGAUUGGCUCUUUCGAAGCUUGAGAUCCUAUUGCUUAAGAACUGCGAUAUACAAGGUAUAUGUUUUCUAGGAAUGAGAGAACUAAAAGUUUUAAGUCUUAUAAGUUCUACGGGGGUUAUUUCCUUAUAUGCUCUUUCGUCCCUGCAAAAACUUCGUGCCCUACAUUUGGAGAAUUUUAAGGACUUUUCGUUCCUUGGAAACUUAAGGACACUUGAGAUUCUAAGUUUACGUCAUUCAGAAUUAAAUGGUUUGGCAGAUGAAUUAGGGAGGUUGAAAGAUCUAAAGAUGUUGGAUCUAACCAAUUGUGCACUUUCCUCAAGCUUUUCCCCUAAUGUCAUUCGAAGGUUCUCUCAGCUAGAGGAGUUGUACCUAUCAAGCAGGACAAAUGAUAUCUUUCUCGUGAUAAAAUCUUUGACCAGAUUAACGAGACUAAAUCUUUGGGCAUCUUCUCUACAUUUUCCUCCAGACUUUGAGUUUCCUGAAUUAGAAAAAUACAAUAUCUGCAUAAACUAUGAAAGGACCUUUUUUGGUCGUAUUUUUUAUGCUGCAAGAUCCUUGCAUAUUGAUCAGGAAGUGUUUCCUUACAAUGCAGUUUCCCAAUUACUUGGGAAUUUAGAGUCUCUUGCAGUGUCAGGUAUCAAGGAUGAGUAUGUAGAAUGCUUGACUAAUAAAACACAACAAAAGGUGUCGGUAUCAAUGAUCUUACGAAACCUAAAACAAGUGACAAUUAAAGAGUGCAGCAAUCUAAAAGUGGUAUUUCAAAUGGAGGAGGUGGAAGAAAAUGGAGCUCCGCUCCUUUCAAAUUUAAAGAUUUUACGUCUUGACAGGUUGCCACAUUUGAGUUGCAUAUGGCAAUUGCCAACCCAACAUGUAAGACUUGAAAGCUUGGUUUAUUUGACUAUUAGAAAGUGCCCGCGUUUGAAAUCACUCUUUUCACUUUCUCUUGCUCAAAGUCUCGUACUCUUGGAAGAACUUGACAUAUUGUUCUGUGAUGAGUUGAAGCAAAUAGUGACAGAAUUGGAAGGUGAUGAGGGAGAAAUAUCAUCGGCCAUCAAUUCUCAUACUUCUUUGUGUUUCCCAAAGUUAACAAAGCUCGAGAUAUAUAUUUGUGAUGGUUUGGAGUACAUUUUUCCGACAUCACUGGCAUCACAUGGGCUUCAGGGUUUCACUCUUCGCAUACAUGGUUGCCCUAAAUUAAAGCAAGUGUUUAGAGUUGCCAAUGAUAGUAUGCUCCAAUAUCAGCAGUCCUGGAGAUCGUUAUCGUCCUUUUCAAUGUCUGGUUGCCCUCUAUUAACUGAUUCAGUUGUUCAUUUAGAAGCUGGGAAAGCUUACAUAGAGGGUGUUCGAUUGUCAGCAUUCAAGGAAUCGUUCAAAACUUUGAAGCAACUUACUUUAUUAAAAAUUGAGGAUCAUAAUCUGGUUCCAGAAGCUAAUGAAGAUGGACUAAAUGGAGUAACUUCCCUUCAUCUUGAGAAUUGCGAGGAUCUUGAAUGCUUGGUUGAUACCACCGCUACUGCAACAAAGAAUGGGCCAACUUCAGCAUUCAGUCAUUUGGAGAAAUUAUUUAUAGGAGCGAUGCCUCGGUUGGAAGCCUUAUGCAAGGGUCAGCCUCCACAAGGUUUCCUCAAAAACUUGAAACAUCUGGGAAUUGUAGACUGUUGUAAGUUGAAAUCCCUUUUUUCUCCUUCCCUUAUUCAAAGCCUAGUGCUUUUAGAACAACUCGAGAUACGAUGCUGCGACGAAUUGAAAACUCUUUUCGCUGAUCCGGAAAUUGAUGGUGAAAUAGAAUCAAAGACUUCUUCCCUUCCUCUCCGCCUGCCCAAAUUGAAUACUCUUUACAUCAGAGCGUGUGCAAAACUGGAAUAUGUUGUGCCAAUCACCUUGGCUCAAGGUCUUCCUGCUCUUGAAUGGCUUUGGGUUUCUGAGUGUGAUGCAUUAAAGCAAGUGUUCGGCAUGCCAAAUGAACAAAAUGAAGUUCAUCACCAUAGUAGCCUGCUCCUUCCAAGUCUACAAGAUCUAGAACUUGAUUGGUUACGAAACUUGACUAGUUUUGUCCCAAAAAACUAUAUUGUCAAAGCACCAUCUUUGAAAAGAAUGAAAGCUAAGGGUUGUUCUAAAGUGAUGAACCUUCCCAUUCAACAAGCCAACAAUCAGCUGGAGUUAACGUUAGAGGAAACUGGAUUAUCGGUAUUCAAGGAAUUGUUAUGCAAUACAAACGAUCUUAUUCUCUACAAUAUUGGGGAUCACAAAAAUCUCGUCCCAGAUCUUAUAGAUUUGGAACAUUUAGACGGAUUAACUUCCCUUUCUAUUAACAACUGGCAAGGUGGUGAAUGCUUGGUUGAUAUAUCCCAAGCAAUGAUGGAUUUCAAGUACAAUGACCAAUCUCCCAAGUGUUUCUUGCAAAAUCUCAAAAGUUUGAGAGCUGUUUUUUGUGAAGAUUUGUCAAAGAUAUUUCGAAUGGAUGAUGGAAUAGAAUCAAACGCAUAUUACUUGUCAAACUUGGAAAUUUUGGAGAUUGAAAGAUGCUGCAGUUUAGAAUAUGUCUUCCCACAUGCUUCAGUUGGAGUUUUUUCUUAUCUACGAAAUAUAAAACUUGUUGGAUUGAGAAACUUGAGGAGUAUUGUUGGAGGAAACAACUCUUUAGAAGCACCAAUUUUGGAAAUUUUACAUAUCGAAGAAUGUUCAGUGUUUACAAAUUUUACUUUUCCUAAAGAAGUUAAGAAGUGUGGUUCUUUAAAGGAGUUGUUCUUCUCUAUGGAAGAUAUAGACAGUGAAGAUGUCAAUUUGUGUGAUAUGGUAAACACUCAGUUGAGACAAAAAUCACCAGAUUUCGAAUAUAUAACUUUGGGAAACUUUGAACAAUUGUUUCAGCUUCAGAGUGGCAAUAUCAUCUCAAGUCUAGAGAAAAUGGAGCUUUUUAAUGUGAUUAGGUUGCGAGAUAUAUGGAAGGGUCCCAUCCAGGUUGCAACCAAUCUUAGAGAAAUAAGGGUUUACUGCUGCAAUAACUUGACAUACAUCUUUCCAGAGACGCUCAUUCCACAUUUACCACAAUUAAGCAUCCUAGACAUAGCGUCAUGUGAGAACUUGAAGCAAAUAAUUGGAAAUGAUGACAUUUUAGAAUCUUCAUCAUCAUCACAAGGUCCUCAGUUGGAGAUGAAAAUGGUAUUCCCUCAGUUAAAGAAAAUAGAACUUGAAAAUUUGUCAAAGCUCGAGAGCUUCAGCCCUAUGGGUUAUCAUCUGGAAUUCCCAUGUUUACAUUCGCUUGACAUUAAGGAAUGUUCCAAGAUGAUCACAAGUUUCAGUGCAGAUUAUUUAACAUUGACUGUGCAUGCUAAAACUGAUCAGGCAUCUCAGCUAAAUGAUACCAGUCCCUCACGGGAAGAUAUAAUUUGGAAAAGGAGAAGACCUACCUCACUACCUCAGUAUAAAGAAGAAGCUGAAGAAAUUUCACCCUUUCAGUGAAAAAUGUUGCAAAAAUCAUUCUUGCGCCUAAAUCACGUCGAUUGUACCAACAGUCAACACUAGUUAAUUAACUAGAAAUAAAUGAGCAUUUAAAAGCUAAAAUCUUGACAGAAAUAUUUGGAUUCUAUAUUGACGGAUUACACACUAUGCCAGCCCUCUAAUUUAGGAGACUGCCUUAUCUCUACCUUAAUGGUGGUGUUGCUAAUAUGCCUGCAAUCAAAGAGAAGUAUAGUCAGUACAAGGAUUCUAUAUUGAGGGAUUACACACUAUGCCAGCCCUCUAAUUUAGGGGACUGCAUCAUCUCUACCGUAAUGUUGGUGUUGCUAAUUUGCCUGCAAUCAAAGAGAAGUAUGGUCAGUACAUGUUCAUUGGCAGCAAAGAUGAAAGCAAGGUUCUAUCAAUAUUGGAGCGAUGCAAUUUAGCUUUGGCAGUAUCAUUAUCUUAGGUCCCCCAACCGUAGCUCACUGAAUCCCGAUAUUCGACAGGAAUUGAUUUGACACAAGAUUGGUUGCAGAUGCAAUCAGAUGAUUGGAAUGAUGUUUGACGAACUAUUGAUAAAGUUCAAGAGCCUGGAGCAGUUUCUGGUGUUGGCGGUUCAUGCUGGUCAAAGCCGCCUGUGGAAUGGGUGAAGUGCAAUAUCAAUGCCACGUUAUUUAGGGAGGCUAAUGCUGCAGGCUGGUCUGCUGUAGUCCGUGAUGCAAAAGGGUCAUGUUAAUCCAAUGAUGGCUCCUAAAGUUGCUGAAAUAUACGCAGUCAAGGAGGCCUUAAUUUGGGCACAGUCGAAACAAUGAUGUCUGUAAAUUUGGAACGCUGGUUUAAAGAUUAUCUCCAACUUUAGUCUCAUUUUCUAUCUUUAUAUAUACUUCAUUUAGAGUCUUAAAAGCACUAAAAAGGUAACUCAUAUAAUGUGAAUUAUUGUGAAUGGAAGAUUUCCAUGUUAUGGAUCAAUUAAAGAGAUAGGACUUAGAAUUAGGUGUAUGGAUUGAGAUUUUAGUUAUCGUUUUUCUUUUUCUUUU